CGUAACACCCCCACUUCAUUCAAUAGCUUCCCGUAGUUUCUGUACUAUUUUCUUCUGUUAGAGUUUCCAGCUACCGUAAAUAUAUUCAAUAGUAUAAAUAACCUUGUAAUGGCAUCACCGGAAAAGCUUUUUCAGAAUUCUUUGGCAGAGCUUUCUCUUCAUCUUGGUCGUUCUCCAUUCCUCAUUAGGACUCUGAAUCAACUUGCAGAACUGCUCAAGACAUCAGUCUUGUGGGCUGCACCUGGACCGGAACCGGAGAGUGCGACAAAAGUCCCAGAAAGGGUAGCAGCAGUGGCAAAAUCCUCCCUGUGUCUCCUGGAGUCGAUACAAGCAGCAUCUCAGGAAGGUGUAUUAUUAGGAUGCUCAGGUGUCAAAUCUGAAUCUAAAAGAGAAAGGGUGACAUCAGAUGUGACGUCAGAACACGAUACUGGUACUGGGACCUUUGGAGCAAGCUCUGAAAGAUUAGGGGAAAGUGUAAACUCUAUAGCAUCUGAUGACCAAGUGGUAUCAAAACAAGGGAUUGUGGUAUCUGAAGAACUGUCAAACUUAUCAGAGACAGACCAAAGUUCAUCCCUUUUCUCCCCUCUCAAUGUGCUUAGCUAUGUAGCUGCCCCUAUGCUUAUUUUUUGUGGCACUCACAUCCAGGUAAAGCCAUGGACAAACACAGAGUCGCGAAGUCUGACACAGCAGCUUCUUUGCACCUUGCUGGAUGUUUCAGGUUGUAAGUCUGUACCUGUUCUGCUGCGAGGACCUGAUCACCUGGGACCAAGUGGUGGGAUUUUUGGAGAAGCUCUAGAACUACUGAUUCCCAUGCUGCGCAAAGACAUAUGGGAGUCUCACCCUCAUGCCAAGGUAGUUUUCUCGUGGAUACUGCUCCAGGUAACUCGACCGUGGCUUUCAGAAUUUCUGGCCAGAGUAGUGCCACCUUCCCUUCUAUUUUCUGAUGAUUAUAAGACGGAAAACAAAAUUUUGGGUGUAUCUUGUCUGCAUCACAUUAUCAAGAAUGCACCCGCUGCAGACUUACGACAGUAUAACCAUGCACAGGUUAUAUACCACGCUCUGAGAGCCCACAUGUAUUCAACAGAUUCUGAUGUUAUUGAGGUUGUCUUUCCAUGUUUGUUGGACCUUUUCCCUGUUCUACAAAAAUCCCCUUCUACCAUUGGACGGUACAAAAAGGAGGCAGAUAAUCCUUCUGAUGAAAUCCUGCAGCUAGUCCUUAUUCACAUGGAGAUGGAGCACAAGAUUGUCCUACGUAGGCUAUAUGCUCGCUACCUUCCAGUAUUGGUGGAAAGAAUCGUCAGUACAGCACUGGAUGAAAGAUGCAAGGGUCUGUCAGGAGUCCAGAAACUCAUUGACCUUUUUAUACACACACACACUAAUUACAAGAAAACAGAUCACAGACUUGGUGCGAGGGUAGCCCGUCAUAUGAAGAGACUGCUUCGUGUAAUAGUUGGAUACCUGGAGGUUUAUGAUGGACCAGAAGAGAUAGCCAGACUAUGUAUACUGAAAUCCCUGCAAGAGACCAUCAAAUAUGCUUGGCCAAGAAUACCUUGUAGGCUGUCGCUACUCUUGAAAGCCCUCGUGAAGCUACUAUAUGAGAUUUCUUGUUAUCAAAACAAUGAGCCAGUGACUGAUGCCCUGUGUCAUGGUGCCACGGAAUGCCUUCUUCUGCUGGACAGAUGCUCAAAAGGACAAGUGAAAGUUACCCUGGCUGGAAUCUCCUCUGUUUGCAAAGAACGUUACCUAGUACAGUGCAUAGAGAGAGUGCAGCAAGAGUCCUAAACAAGUUUAUGGCAAAUCCACCGCUUCACAUACCUUAUUAUCGUUCCAUUAUUCCUAAAUUAAAUGUUUUACACUGUAUAUUUUGAACUUACAAUAAACCGAUUAAAUCAG